AUGGACGUCUGGGCGCCAGAUGUGCACCGCGUGGGCAACAAGUUCUACUUGUACUACGCAGCUGUACGAGACGCUCCGUUAGAACGUCAGAAUCUUGCGGCGAUUGGUGUUGCCACGUCAUCUACGAUGGAUAUUGGCUCGUGGAAGGACUUGGGCGGUAUCGGCAUACAGAGCAAUGGCAAAAGCCAGUACAACGCCAUCGAUCCAAACCUCUUUGAAGAGAAGGGGAACAUGUACAUGGUCUCCGGGAGCUACAGAAUGGGAUUGGUGCAAGCGUCGAUGAAGAACCCACCGACGGCAGUAAUUCCUGACACGGACAUCAAGCUCGCGUACCAGCCUAAGAACCAUGCAAUCGAAGGCGCCACCAUGUUCAAGUAUGGACGUUUCAACUACCUCUUCUUCUCGCAAGGCGACUGCUGUAAGUAUGAUAAGAAGAAACUUGCAGAAGGGGACGAGUACAAGAUCAAGGUGUGCCGCUCUAAACCUAGUAUUGUGGACUUCCGCGACAAGAACGGCACAUCCUGCAUGGAUGGAGGAGGCACGGUCUUGUUCAAGUCGGAAGGCGAUGUCUACGGACCUGGAGGCCAGGGCGUGUACGACGACGAAAAGCACGGACCUGUUCUUUACUACCACUACGUGAACAAGGCUAUUGGCUAUGAGGACGGUCAAAAGCAGUUUGGCUGGAACAAGCUCGAUUUCUCGAGUGGCUGGCCUGUUGUGAAGUCGUCGUGA